AUGUUGAGGACCUGCUCCCUCCCGGACCUGAGCCGGGUCUUCAGCCCUCGGCAGGAAUCAGCAGGAGCUAACGAUGCUAGCGAUGCUAACGAUGCUAACGCCGCUCCGGAUAAUCCUCUGGAGAUCGAAGACCUGGAGGAGGCGGCGAAGGACGAGGAGCAGUCAGAGGCGGAGGACGCCUAUGAGGAUGAAGACCUGCGGGACAUCCGGGCCUCCAUGGAGCUUCUCCUGCAGGAGGAGGAGGGGAAAGGAGACUUCAACGGGAACCCUCCAGAGGAACUGUUCAGGGUAUCAGCUGAGAUCCAGCAGCACAGCAGGAUGGCUGUGGAUGAUGAGGAAGAGGAGGAUGAAGAGGAGGAGGAGGAGGAAGAUGACGAUGAAGAGGCCGGGGGGGCGCUCACUAACGGCGCCGAGGAGAACCUGAGCAACAUCGAGCUCAACGAGGAGUGGCAAUCAGACGGCAGUGGGGAGGAGGGGGUGUGCGAGGCGUCUCACAGCGACAGCAUCUUCAGCCGCCUGGAGGAGCUGAGAUUCAGACUGGAGCAGCAGAUGGGCUUCGAGAAGUUCAUCGAGGCCUACAACAAGAUCAAGGCGAACCAUGAGGACGAGGAUGAGAACAUG